GCCGCGGCCGUCCGUGUGUCCCUGCGAGGUGUGCGGGCCCGGGCCGGAGCCCCGCGGCGCAGAGGCCGGAGCGGAGCUGUCAGCAUGGCCGGUGGCCCUGAGCCCUACAUUGAAAUAUUUGAGCAACCCAGGCAAAGGGGCAUGCGUUUCAGAUACAAAUGUGAGGGAAGAUCAGCAGGCAGCAUUCCAGGAGAGCACAGUACUGAAAACAAUAAGACCUUCCCUUCCAUCCAGAUUCUGAACUAUUUUGGAAAAAUCAAAAUAAGAACCACAUUGGUAACGAAGAAUGAACCCUACAAGCCACACCCCCAUGACCUGGUUGGAAAAGACUGCAGAGAUGGCUACUACGAAGCUGAGUUCGGGCCAGAACGGCGAGUCCUGUCUUUUCAGAACCUGGGCAUUCAGUGUGUGAAGAAGAAAGACCUGAAGGAAUCCAUUUCUUUACGAAUCUCAAAGAAAAUUAACCCUUUCAAUGUGCCCGAGGAGCAGCUGCACAACAUCGACGAGUACGACCUCAACGUGGUCCGGCUCUGCUUCCAAGCCUUCCUUCCCGACGAGCAUGGCAACUACAGCAUCGCCCUCCCUCCUCUGAUUUCCAACCCCAUCUAUGACAACAGAGCUCCCAACACCGCAGAACUGAGAAUCUGUCGCGUGAACAAGAACUGUGGGAGCGUCAAAGGAGGAGACGAAAUAUUUCUGCUGUGUGACAAAGUUCAGAAAGAUGACAUAGAAGUCAGGUUUGUCCUGGACAACUGGGAGGCCAAGGGCUCCUUCUCCCAAGCCGACGUCCACCGCCAGGUCGCCAUCGUGUUCAGGACGCCGCCGUUCCUCAGGGACAUCUCCGAGCCCGUCACCGUGAAGAUGCAGCUGCGGAGGCCCUCGGACCAGGAAGUCAGUGAACCCAUGGAUUUCAGAUACCUGCCAGAUGAAAAGGAUCCAUAUGGCAACAAAGCGAAAAGGCAAAGAUCCACGUUGGCUUGGCAGAAGCUCAUACAGGACUGUGGCUCAAGCACCAUGGAGAGGCCCAAAGUAGCCCCAUUCCCUGUUGUCACUCCUGAAGGGAAGGCGAUUAAGAAAGAACCGAACCUGUUUCCAUCCACGAUGAUGCCUGCAGGCUUAGGAGCGCUGUCCGCCCCGAGCCAGCUGUACCCCAGCUGCUCGCAGGCGGCGGCGGGGCCGGGCAAGCAGGACGUGCUCUCCUCCCCGUUCUGGAUGCUGGGCUCCCACCCGCACAACAGCUUCUCCUCGGAGCCCCAGGGCAGCGGCUCCCUGCCGGCCUUCCCCGACGGCUCCCUGGCCUGGCCGGACGAGAAGGACUCGGGGCUCUUCCGGACCUUCGGCAGCACGAACGGGCUGGGCGCCGUGGUGCUGCCGGCCCCCGAGCUGCAGAGCCUCCCCGGCGGCGGCGGCUCCAGCGCCGGCCUGCUGGGCAUGGGCAUGGGCAUGGACACGGACGACAUGAGCUGCGGCAGCAUCAGCCUGGAGCGCUUCAGCGCCGCGCUGGGGCCCCGGCAGCCGCCGCUGCAGCUGCCCCCGGCCGGGCCCGGCGGCGCCGCCGCCUUCCCCGCGCAGCCCGGCCCGGCCGAGCCCGCCUACGGCUUCAUGGACGCGGAGGGGCUGGGCGAGCCCAGGCUGCCCGGCGGGCACCAGGGCCUGCCGGACGGCCAGUUCUACGACACCGACGGUGUCCACACCGACGAGCUCUACCAGUCCUUCCCCUUCGAUAACAUUUUGCAGAGCUAUCAGCCGUGAGCCGGCGCAGAGCUGCGCGGGUGCUGCUGCGUGGAGAGGAGUAAUUCACCCUUCUGGAGUCCCUGCUUUCUCUUUCAGAAUGUUGCCGUGCAAGUUCCACGAUAUAACUUAAAGGUUAUUUAUUGCAGCCCUUAAAGAGGGAGGUGGGAAUAGGGUUUGGGGUUUCUGUACCUUAAAAGUACCUUACGGACGUAUUUUUUUCGCUGUUGGAAGUGGGAACUGUUAACGCUUCCUUACCUUUGGGGACUGUAAGAGCUGGCAUCUUCAGAAGGGUUAAAAUUUCAUAUACUUCACAGGGUUGGAGUUGUUCUGAAAUAGCCAUUUUUGCUAUAGAAAUGAAAUUUAAAUUUUGAUAGGACAGAAAUGAGGAAAAAAACCCUGCACGUGAGCACUCUAAUUCAGUCUCGUGUAGUGAAUGGCACCUGAGUUCUACUCAGCAUACUUGAAAGGUUUAGGUUCUUAACCCCCUUUCUAUAAAUAUUCUUCUCCUACAAUGAGAACAUGUAUUGAUUUUCCACAGUCACCGCAUUCUGUUUGCUUUGAAGGCAAAUUUACUCGUAAAUUUUUUUUUAAUGACUAUGUCAUUGUUAGAUGUAUUUAAAAAGACCGGAAGGUUUGAGUUUUUAAAUAGUCCAGCUCUGUUGUAAAGGAAAUCACUGCACAAGAGAAGGAACAGAAAGUGAGGACUUGUCUGCACUUCACCCAGAAUGCACUGUUUUACAAGCCAUGCCCCUGUUGCUUUAGGAAUGAAGCUGUUAUCGCUCUGCAAGUUGUGUGUGUGUGUAUGCAGCUGCCAUGUGAGUGAGAUUUGGAAAGGCAGGAAUCUCUGGAGCCCGAGUAUCUACUCACUCUUUCCUCAGGUAUCCUGGCAGUUUCCUGCUAUGCAAGAGACUGCUUCAAAGAAGGCUCAGAUCCUGCCUCCCCCUCCCAGGAGGGCAAAGCCUUGGUGCAGCCUCACCUCUAUUAACAACUUUUAAAGCCAUUUCAGUCUGUACUAAUUAAAACCGCUCCUCUGUCCUCUGUAUCAGGAACCAGAACUUCUUCCCACCCACUUGAUUCCCAGUCUUCGCUCUUAGCCUGAGCAGGAGCUGUUCUGACACCUCCAGCUGGAGGUAACUGGCUGGGUAAGACACUCCAGCCUUGGCUACUUUAUUAUACUGUUAUUUCUUUAAGAAGCAACACAGAGAAACGUCUGUGUAUUUCUCAAGGGACGCAGCUGCUCUUUAGGGCAGGUAAGGGUCCCCGCUGUCACCUUUUGGUGACGUAAAACUGCACAAUGACAGCAACCACAAAAAAGCAAUGACGUCUAAAACCCUCCCCCCAGAUCAAAAAAGCCUCUUGAGAUGUAGAGUUGUACACAAGGAAAGGUGCUCCAGAAGUUCUGUGGCUUACAGGAAAGCAGGGAUGCCUUCCCUGCAGGAAUCCAUAGCACUGGGAGCACUCUGGUGCUGCUGCUGGAAUUCCCUCAGUCAGGUGAACUUUGGAGACUGCUUCCCCUAACUCCAGCUUACACAACAAACUGAAUUGACUCUCCCCUGUUUUAAAGCAGUUUUUCCUCACCUCUGCACCUCUCCUCCACGUUCCUAAGCAAUACAAAGACGAAAGAAAUCCAAAGAAAUACACAGAAAGCUUGAAUCGUGUUGUUUAUUCAGUUUUUUUUUUAAGUUCUCAGAUUUAAGUAUAUUAAAUGUAAACAUUUUACUCACUUCAUAGAAAGCUCUUUGUAGUACAAUUUGUUUUUACUGUAUAAUUAAAUAUUUUCAAAGUUCUGUUUUCCUUUGUAAACGAGUUGGUUUGGUAAUUAAAAAAAACUGGUUAUACCAAGUGCUCAGCUUCUGCAACCUCCUCGGCUGGGUGACGUCCCUCACCACGGGAAAGGCAGGGAAAAGGGACAAGGUAGGUUCUUGGUUGCUUAUCCUGGGGUUUUUUUGGGGGUAUUUUCUGCUCCCUGUUGCUGGUGGCCAGUAUAAAACCUCAGGCCUGUGAGGGCUGGUCUGCCCCAGCAGGUUUGGUGGCAGAGCUGUUGGGUUUUUAUGCAGAGGGCACAGCUGCUUUUGGCUGAGCUGCGCUGCCAGUUCAGCUCUCCAGGCCCAGCUGAGCUGGUGCAAACCCAAAAUGCAGGGGGGAGGAUUAGAGGUGUCCAGCUGGGGAAAUGCAAGAUGAAAUCUGGCUCUCACCAAACACCCAGCUUGAGCACUCACAAAAAUACUCCUAAAAUUCAGCUGAAGGCCAAGCACGACAUGAAUGUUAUUGCUGCAAUAUUCCGUAAGUGAUGGUUGCAAAACUGGGCUGGAAACAAAGUUCAGAGCCCCAGAUUACAUUUCUCAGUUUCAUUUCUGCUGUGAUGGGUGCCCUGCCUCAAGAACUCAGGGAUAUUUGCAUAUCAGCUUCCACCCCCCAUGUGGAUACUUCAGAUUUACCAUAAAAAUAAACAGCCUGGGAGUUUUGGGAGGAGCUCUGUGCCUUGCCCAGAGAAGAGCUCAGCACACCGAGGGUCUCUUGGUGGCCUUGUUUACCCUGGGUUCUGCCUGGGAUCCCCCUGCAGCAGGAGCUGCAGAGGGAAGAGCCUGGAGUGUCCUUGGCACUACUGCAGCAGCCCCCUCCCUCUCCCCUUCUGGCUCCAUUUCCCUUGGAGCAGCUCUUCCCAUGCCUCUUGUGUCCAGAGAGCACAGUCUUGUUUACAUUUUUCCUUUCCCUUGCAGAUUAUGGAAUUUAUAAAUUGUAUUUUAGCUCACUGAGAGUUUUAAGAAAUGGCACAGAUAAGUAAUUCUCUUUUGUUUUCUGAAUUCAGUGUCUUUAGUUUUCCAUCAUUAAUGACAUUUCCUUCCUAGCUGCAGAUUAUUAUCUGAGAACUACUCAUGGAAUCUGUUGCUCAUAGGAGCUUUAGUAUUAAAACCAAAAAUAAUAUUUCUGUCUGAAUCAAAUUUUUGUGUUAGAAAAACAGGAGCUCCUGAAUUACUUACAUUACAGACACAAUUCUGACAGCCCAGCACAGGCAGAGCCUUAAAGGAGCUCCUUAAAAAUGUAUUUAUUAACACUUAGAGCCUCCAGCUCAAGCUCUCAUGGAGCUGUUCUAGCAUCACUGAAUUCCAGGGAAGACAUCCCAGUCAUCCUCCCUGGCCCCAGACAGUGGCUUGUCUUGGCAGAUGUUACCCUCUUCAUCCCCAAAAUGUUAACAAAGAGCUCUGAAGUUCCAAACCUUAAUUUUUUGUUGAUACUCUCCUCUGUACUCCAGGGAAGCACCUCCCUAAUGGAUUAACAUGAUACUGGGUAUAAAAAAUUACUCCCUGAAGAUGUUGGUGGUGCUUGGUAGGAAAUAUUUAAAAUAACCAAAGAAAACCUCAGAUCUUCCCUAUUCCAGGCAAGUUCCUAGGCUGUGUUCAGCUCUUCCAGGCAUCCAUCCAAGGUGAGGUACAAGAAAAAAUGCAUUAUGCUGCUAAGUCACAGCUUUUUAUCUCUCACCUCUCUUGAUACCAGCACCCUGUGGUACCUUUUGUUUCUGCCUGCACGUUGACAUUCUUGGUGUUCCUGUUUUUUUUUAGAUUCCCAUCAUGCACCACUGCCAGGAGUUCCCAGACUUUCUGUAUAUUGUGACUCACUGGGGAAUUC